AUGGAAACGGAACCCCCCGCGGAGACUGAACCACCGACUCUCCCCUCCCUCGUCGACAUUGUGGUCGACACAGAAGACCUCAGCACGCUGGAAACCGCCGUCACACAGGCGGGUUUGGUCGAUACUCUGAGCGGAGACGGUCCCUUUACGGUCUUUGCCCCAACUAACGAGGCCUUUGCCGCUGUCCCCACCAAGUAUCUCGAUCCGGACUACCUUCCGCACUUGAGAAACACUCUGCUCUUCCAUGUUGCCUCUGAUGCGGCUGUCUUGUCCACCGACUUGGUCGAUGGACAGGAAAUCACCAUGGCGAACGGUGAAAUUAUCACUGUUAGCAUCUCGGUCGACAGCGUGACCCUCACGCCGGCUCUCGGAGGAAGCGCCACCGUCGUUUCGGCCGAUGUCAUGGCCAGCAAUGGAGUCGCUCACGUCAUUGACGCGGUCUUAGCUCCG